UUAUUGGUCGCCUUCAUGUCAGGAAGUGUCAAGCAACCAAUUGAACGGCGCGGAGAUUUAUCUCUGCCUUUGACCGUCCGACGUAAAGUACCUGUCAACACAAUGCACAUCUUCUGUAAAGCCGGCCGGACAUUGGGAAUGGCAUUUGUUGCCACUGGCAGGAUGGAGUGGCUGUGGCAGCGGUGCCCUAAAGAGGCUGUCUUCCUCUCUGUCUUUCGGUCGAUGCUGCUCGUUUCAUGUUUGCUCUUGGUCCUGUCCGUGUCCAUGUAUCCUGGGUUGCAGUCCAUCGGGGUCCAGCUUCAUUCAGCCGUCACAGGGAGUUAUGUACCAGGCCACCACUCUGUUCUUCUUAUCAACAGUCCCAACAAACAGGCAGCCAAGGACAUUGGCAGGGCGAUCAUGGAGAGGCGGCUGGCGGCCAGUAUUAACAUUCUCUCCAGGACCUCUACAAUGUACUAUUGGAACGGUGAAAUCCAGGACGCAAGUGAAGUUCUAAUGCUGGUGAAAACAAAGACCUCCAGGAUCCAGCAAGUCAUAGAAUACGUGAGGUCUGUCCACCCCUAUGAAAACCCAGAAGUCCUCAGCUUCCCAGUGGAGGACGGCAAUCUGGCUUACAUGAAGUGGAUGGAUGAAGCCAUUCCGGAGGACUGAUACAUCAUUAAAAUCAGAGCCGAUCUCUGCAUGGACUGCAGCCGAACAGAGAAACUGAGCCAUGCCUGCAGGCAGUUAAAGGCUUCGGAUCGAACGGUUCAGAAAGCACUCUAUUGAACAAAAGUUCAGUAUGUGACAUUUAUGCUAUUUUAUGACUCUGACCUUUUCAUUGUAAGUUCCACCAUGUACAGUAAAGAUUUUAUUUCACUCCUUUUAAAAGAAGUUUUGUAACACAGUCAUAGAACAUACUUACUUCUGAUGGCUUUGCAAGUGUCAGCUUACUCUAAAUAACAGUCCCAGUUGACCAGCCAGUUUUGAAACUAUAGUGGGUUGUUUCUGUGGCCCCCAUGAGGAAUUCUAAUGACAACACCACUAUUGUUGCAUCAACAUGACACAAGCCUUCUGUAAUCACGCCCUCAACUCUCCUCCACGCGGUUGCUAGUACCAAAGGAGGAUUCGGAGGAU